AUGUGUAGAGAUCUCAAAAUCCAGAGUCAAGCCAACAAGAGCAAAGCCAAGUACGAAAUAGGAAAUUUAUGUACUCAAUAUGGCUUACCUUCAAUCAUCCCCAAAAGAAAAUCCAAACAUAGAGGAGAAGAACCCUCUGAGAAACCCCAUAAGAAGAAAACAGCCUCCAAGCAUUAUAGAAAACAGAAGUUCAAGACUGAUGAUUUCUAUAAGAAAGGCAAAUCCAAAGGAAAAUUCAUACCUAAAACAUCGGGAAAGUGUUUUACGUGUGGAAAGAAAGGAAAUUUCCAGAAAGAGUGUAAAGCUAAGGCCAAAACCCUUAUCAAUACCCUCAUCAAUGACCAAACCAGUAAGGAAGAAAUCUUCAAACUCUUAGAACUUGACCACUCAGAAAGUGAGUCUAGUGCAGAAGAGAAAUGCCAGUUGUUUAGGACAUCCUCUGAAACCUCUAGAGUAUCUUCUAGUUCCUUUAGCGGCACAAAUGAAAUCCUAGCUUGCCAAGAUAGUUGUUGUAUAAACAAGACUAUCAGUGUUCUUUCUAAGCAAGAAGAACUGCUCUUAGAUCUCAUAGAACAGAUCGAAGACCCAGUUACUAAAGUUCAAAGGCUUAGUGAGUUCCACAAAACCCAAGUUAAGGAAGCCAGUACAUUCAAACCUAGGAUUCAAGAACCCAAAGUUGAUUUGGAAAAAAUCUACAAUAGGUUUACCAAAUCCAAGAAAGAGUUGACUGUCCAAGAUCUCUAG